AUGUCGUGUCCGAAGUCUCUUGUGAUAAUUAUCAUGGUUUCCGCUUUUCUUAUUGUGUCUUUGCUUGGUGUUAUCUUUGGCCAACCGGCUUGUGCUUCAGAAAUUCCCUGUGAAGAUGGUCGGUUGUGUCCGGCGCAUUGGCUGUGCUGCGAACACGGAUGUUGCGCGCCUGCCAGCGCCACACCUCGCCACGAGCCUGACGAUGACGCCUUAAAGGAAAUUUUGUCUUAUCCGUGGUACACUCAGUGGUCAGUCUUUAUUAUUCUCGGCUGCGGCAUUCUUCUAAGCAUCUUUGUCUGCUGCGCGUGGUGCUUCUUCUUAGAGCGUCCGCAAGGCUAUUACAUGUGCGCUUUAUCGUGCUGCGUUCGACGACCGAAUUCGGAACAUGACUCCGCCGGCUCAGUAUAUCCGCCACCGCGAUAUAGUCGCUGCAGUUCUUUCCAUCAGGCUCCGCCGCCAUAUUCUGAAGUUACGUCAAAACCGGAUCUGUACCCUCUAGUGAUCACAUGCGCCGAAGGCGAUGGAAAAAAUGGUACUGGCGGAAACUAUCUCAUGGUUCACUAUUUUAGAAAUUACGUAAUUCGUGCACCAGGUUCUAUAUCUGCGACGAGUACUGCAGAAUCUCUGAACUCAAGCUUCAUAUGCAACGCAGCAAAUGAAGCUAACUCGAUCAUCCCACCUCCGUACUCGUGCGCAAGCAACUACGAGGAGUGCGGUGCGAGGUGUGAUGCAGGGUGCGCGGGGUGCGCGGGUUGCGCGGGGAGUGCGGAGACCGCGCGGACGGAGGCGCGCCGCACGGCGCGCCGCGAAGUAACCGCUGCCUUUCGCGAGAACCUUAUCACCUCGCCCGUGCAGCCGCGGAACACAGCAUUUGACUUGGAGCUGGAAUUGAGCGACUACGAGAUAUACUGUAAUGGAGGUUGCAAGCCGCGAUUAGGCGCAUCUCCACCAGCGCAUCGCUCACACUGCAACGACAAUGACACAGUUUACGACCAGGGAGCGUAUGGACUGCGGCAUCUUUUUUCUAGUCCUUCACAAGAAAACGCUGGUGCCUGUGAAUCUCCCCCACAGCCAACCAGCCCCACAGAAACAUCAAGGGAAUCUACACUACAUAGACCAAGCGGGGAGAGGUCAGACAGAAGGAGCAGGCGAUUAGAAAACGUCAGAAGAACUCUUAAAGCGAGGAAAUCUAGUCUAUAUAUGCCAUUGUCAAUUGCUCACUCAGGAAGACAGUCGAGGAUAUCUCCAGGGUCAAGAGUAUCUUCGCGAUCUGCUCCAGCCACGCCUUGUGGUGCACUUGUCCCCAACAUUCUUAUUUUCACGCAAAGAGUCUCCGCGUCAAGGCAUAGUUCGCGAUCUUCUCGCCUCGAAGAAGAAAACGACCCACUACUUGCGGACGUUGAGAACCCACGAACUGACCAUAAAUUUUAA